CAGACCUCCGGCAGUCAGUCCGGUCUCUCGGUCCAACACAGCUGCACAACACUACAGUUAAUCACACAUUUUAAUUAACCUGCGGAUGGACUUUAAAGAAGCGAAUUCAAUGGAGCCGAUUAUUCACCUGUUGGAUUACAAAGCAGCUUUAAGCUCUUUUUUAAAUUAAUUUUUGACGGACUUUACCUGCUUCCAACCUUUUUCAUUUAAUCUGAAUUGGGAUUACUGAUCAAUUUGGCGUGGUUUUAACGGUUUGAACAUGUCACUGUGGAUAAUUGUGGAUUUAUUUGCCGUUUUUUGUGUGUUUGUGGUUUCACACCACGUGAAACGUCUGACAGGACACCGGCGCUUACAGUUGACAGGUGAACACACGUUUAAGUGAGGUUGGACUAUUUGACGCAUUUUUAAACUUUUAACGACCUCCUGAAGCUCCUGAAAGACUAUAAUGUGAAUUAUUAAUUAUAUAUUUUUUUCUUCAUAAAACUGGUGAAAUUCGGACAGUUUCUUCAAUCCAGAGGAGCGAAUAAUAUUAAUAAUUUAAUAAAUUAAUUAAUAAAUUCAAUUUUUAAAAAACGGGAUUUAAAGGUCGCCGUCGCGCGCUGCUCACCGGCUGCCAGGUAGGAGGGCACGCGCCGGACAUGUUUUCGCGGGCAUGGUUUUUGGCAGCGAGUUUCACCAUUACCGAAAUCACCAAAACUCACAACCAACAGCAUGAAGAGGAAACCGGACACCCGCUGAGUUAACGGCGAUAAAUUAUUCAGCUGUGGUUGGAAGUGGACUACCUGCUGGGGAGAGGAUGGCCCGCUGGAAAGAGGGCACCGCUCUCCUGCUGGUUCUGCUUGUUCUGCUCGACCUACAGCCGGUUUCCGGGCGAUCGUCUCGACAUCGCAGCUUGAGGCGUCAAACUCGAGGGCACCACGAACACCGGGUGCUCCAGAACAUCACGCUGGCCGUCAUUUUACCACAAAACAACACAUAUUACCCGUGGGCUUGGCCUCGUAUUGGUCCUGCCCUAGAGCGGGCCAUCCAAACCAUCAACGCCAACCCCACCCUGCUCCCCGACCACCACCUCACCUACGCUUUCAAGAACAGCCAAGACAAGGACGGCAUCUGCUCCGAGUCCGUCGCCCCGCUCAUGGCUGUGGAUCUUAAGCUCGCCUACGACCCAUGGGCGUUCAUCGGGCCCGGCUGCUCCUACACCGCCUCCCCCGUUGGCCUCUUCACCACCCACUGGGAUGUUCCCAUGGUUACGGCGGGCGCCCCGUGAUGUUUGUCUGCUGCUCGCCGGACAUCUUCAGGAAGUUGAUGAUUCAGUUUCAGCUGGCAGAUCUUCCUCAUGAGCAGUACGUCUUCUUCUACAUCGACGUGUUCGGGGACAGUCUGAACUCUAAACACGGACAGCCGUGGGCCCGUGGCGACGAGGACGACGCCAUCGCCAAAGAAGCCUUCCAGAGCGUGAAGAUCCUGACGUACCGAGAGCCUCAGAACCCCGAGUACAGAGACUUUGUCAACAACCUGAAGACAGACGCCUUGAAAAUGUUCAACUACACCAUAGAGGACUCACUGAUGAACAUUAUAUCGGGAGGUUUUUACGACGGUUUGAUGCUCUACACUCAGGCCCUGAACGAGACCAUGUCGAUGUCCGGCGGUCGACCUCCAGGCAAAGUCGUCACCAAGAGGAUGUGGAAUCGAACCUUCCACGUUCCAGAUAGUUUUGGUGUACAACAGUUCAGAGGAGCAGCUGACAGCGUUACCUGGAACAACACUGCACUGGUUGGGUGGAGUUUGUCCUCCUGAUGUUCCCGUCUGUGGCUUCAAGAAUGACAAUCCCAUCUGCCUCGCAAAGACAAUCACCAUCCACCAGAUGGUUUCCAUUGUGCUCUUCUUCAUCUUCACGAUGACCCUCACCAUCACUGUCUUCAUCUACAGGAGGAUGAAGUUGGAGAAGGAGCUGGUGGCUCAGCUCUGGAGGAUCUGCUGGGACGACAUCCAGAUGAGCAACCUGGACAAAGUGCUGCGCAGCGGCAGCCGCCUCACACUGUCACUGAGAGGCUCCAACUACGGAUCCUUAAUGACUGGAGAUGGAAACCUGCAGGUUUUUGCAAAGACUGGAUACUACAAGGGAAACAUCAUGGCCAUUAAAUACAGCAACAGGAAGCGCAUCGAGCUGAACAGGAAGGUCCUGUUUGAACUCAAACAUAUGCGAGACGUUCAGAACGAACAUCUGACCAGGUUCAUUGGAGCAUGCAUCGACCCUCCCAACAUCUGUAUCAUCACAGAGUACUGUCCCAGAGGAAGUCUGCAGGACAUCUUAGAGAACGACAGCAUCACUCUGGACUGGAUGUUCAAAUAUUCUCUCAUCAACGACAUUGUGAAGGGCAUGGUGUUCCUCCACAACAGCGUCAUCUUCUCUCACGGUAAACUCAAGUCCUCCAACUGCGUCGUUGACAACCGCUUCGUCCUGAAGAUCACCGACUACGGUUUAUCCAGCUUUCGAUCUGACAGCGACUCGGGAAAAGAUGCUCACGCCUACUACGCCCAGAGGUUGUGGAUGGCUCCAGAGCUGCUCCGGAUGGAGUCUCCUCCUCCCCAGGGGACGCAGAAAGGAGACGUCUACAGCUUCGGGAUCAUCCUCCAGGAGGUGGCACUGCGCCGAGGAGCCUUUUACCUGGAGGGAGACCCACUCAGCCCUAAAGAGAUCGUGGACCGGGUGGUUCUGGGUGAGUGGCCCUGCCUUAGACCGACCAUCGACCCCCAGAGCCACAGUCCUGAGCUGGGUCAGCUGAUGCAGCGCUGCUGGGCCGAGGAGCCGACGGAGAGACCAGAGUUCAACCACAUCCGCCUGCUGCUGCGCAAGCAGAACAAGGAGUCGAGGACCAACAUCUUGGACAACCUGCUGUCCCGAAUGGAGCAGUACGCCAACAACCUGGAGGAGCUGGUGGAGGAACGAACGCAAGCUUAUCAUGAGGAGAAACGCAAGGCUGAAGCACUACUGUACCAGAUACUACCACACCACUCCACAGAGAGCACGCCGAUGGAGGUGAGCAGAGUCGCUAAAACCCCCCGACCCCUGGCCCACGACCCCCGACCCCAGAAACAGCCGCUGAAUUCAUGGGCCAAGGUGUUUCUGCCUGUUGUAAAUCUGCUGAUCCUGUUCGCUCCCCCUCACUCCUGCAGGUGGUGA